GAGAGACGGAGAGGACGAGCUCUGCACCGACUCACUCACAGAGAGAAGAGAGAGGGAGUGUGUGUUCAGCAGAGAGGGAGUGUGUGUUCAGCAGAGAGGGAGAGCGGUCGAGAGACACACACAACUCACUGUGAGACACGCUGAGGAAGAGGAGGAAGAGGAAGGACAGAGCAGGUAGAUCAAGGUGUACAUCAGGUGUCCUCCUCCUCCUCUCAUGAUGGACGACUACACUCUCCCCUUCUGGAUUUACCUGGGCGUCCUCACCGUGUUUGUCGCCGGAGCCAUGAAGAAGAUUUUGGCGUCCCACCUGAGCGCCGCCCCACCCCUGGUGGCGUGGCUGGGCGCCACCGUGCUGGCGGAGCGUCUGUGGGCGCUCUGCCUGCCGGCCGUGCUGCUGCUGCUGGCGCUGCUCGGCCUCGCCUGCUGCCUGUAUGCCACCACCAGGACCGCCCCACCGCCGCCUGCCACCCUGCCCGCCCACGGCAAGGCCGUCCUCAUCACAGGAUGCGACUCUGGUUUUGGGAACGCGACGGCGAAGCGUCUGGACGCUCUGGGCUUCCAGGUGUUCGCCACGGUGAUGGACCUGUCGGGAGGCGGAGCCAGAGAGCUGCAGAAGACCUGCUCCCCCCGUCUCACCGUCCUCCAGGUGGACAUCACCCAACCACAGCAGGUCCAACAGGCGCUGCUGGACACCAAGGCCAAGCUGGGCCUCAAAGGUCUGUGGGGUCUGGUGAACAACGCCGGCGUGUGCGUGAACUUCGGAGACGCCGAGCUGUCGCUGAUGUCAAACUUCCGCGGCUGCAUGGAGGUCAACUUCUUUGGCACGCUGAGCGUCACCAAGAGCUUCCUGCCGCUGCUGCGCCGGGCCAAAGGUCGCAUCAUCACCAUCUCCAGCCCCGCCGGUGACCAGCCGUUUCCCUGCCUGGCGGCGUAUGGAGCGUCGAAAGCAGCCCUCAACCUCUUCAUCAACACGCUGAGACACGAGCUGGAGCCCUGGGGCGUCCAGGUGUCCACCGUCCUGCCCUCCUCGUUCAAGACAGGUCAGUCCAGUAACAGCGUCUACUGGGAGCAGCAGCACAAACAGCUGCUCCAGAGUCUGUCUCCGGCGCUGCUGGAGGACUACGGCGAGGACUACGUGACGGAGACCAAGGAGCUGUUCCAGAGCCACGCCAGCCAGGCCAACCCGGACCUCAGCCCCGUCGUCGACACCAUCGUCCAGGCGCUGCUGUCGCCGCAGCCACGGGCGCGCUACUUCGCGGGUCCCGGCGUGGGCCUCAUGUACUUCAUCCACAGCUACUGCCCCUUCAGCAUCAGCAACCGCUUCCUCCAGAAACUGUUCGUGAAGAAGAAGCUGAUGCCGCGCGCUCUGAGGAAGCACUCGGGCUUCGACCUGAACCUGAGCCUCCACAACAACAACAACAACAACAACGAGGAGGAGGCGGAGGAGAAGCUGAAGUAGCGGCGAGGCGGUCGGAGGCGGAGGCAUCCGGCAGGAUAAAGGACCACUUCUGUAACGCACUCCUAGAGCUCCAUCCUGUCCUUCUCUAUGUGCUGUUUCUAACUGUUGAAGGGAUCAUAGUGAUGCACCAAAAUGGUUUCUGUUUGUGUCUGUGUCGUCGUCCGGCUCGGUGGCGCCCCCCCGGGAUCAGGGGGCGGGGCCCGGUAGAAGUAGCAGCGCAGCCACAGGUCGAUCUGAGAACACUUCACCUCCGUCAGCGAGAUCAGCCGCUCUGACUUCACACUGACGCCUCGUGCCUUCAUCACACGGAGAGGAAAGAUGGCGGAUCCUCACGACAGCAGCUGGUCGUUAACCGGCGGCGGCGUUAAAGAGUCUGAUGAUGUCACCGCGGCAUCACAUCUCAACGAUAAUAAAAGUGAGAUUUAAAGAAGUCAUUUACUUUCAGAGGUAAAUCAGGAUUUAGUCAGGAUUAAAUCAGGAUUACGAUAAAGUCAAGAUUAAAUCAGG